AUGCUGGAGACCGUGCUCCUCGCCCUCGUGGGCCUCGAGCUCUUCUUCAGGGGCAGCAUCGGCGCGUCCACGUUCAUCGCUGCCCUGCUGGUGGGCAUCCGGGCCCUGAUGCAGAUCAUGGAGGGUCUGCUGGAGUCUCGCCACCGGGACAAGCGGAGCAUCAUUCGCGAGCGGCUCUCGCAGCUCGACUCGCUCCCGGCCACCGUGCCCGAGCCAGGUGACUGGCUGAACAAGUUCCUGGUGGAGCACUGGGAGCACUUCAUCCACCCGGCGAUCCUCGGCGCCGUCCUGAACAUCCUGCAGAACAAGCUGGACAACGCCGGGCCCGACACGCUCGAGCUCUGGGUGGAGGCCUUCCACCUCGGCCUCGCGCCGCCCAUGCUGUCCAACUUCCGCGCCCUCGGCCACAAGGACGGCCGGCCGGGGCUCGCGGCGCUGGAGCUGUCGCUGCAGCUGGUCACGGAUCAGGCGAAGAUCGAGAUCCGCGGCGCCGGCACGGUGAAGGGCAUUGCGCUGAACGUGGCGGUGACCAUCCAGUCGCUGCAGAUCGAGGGGUCCCUGCGGUUCAUCCCCGUGCCCUCCGAGCGCCUGAUGCUCUUCGGGUUCAAGGAGCCCCCGCUGGCCGACGUCAACGUCAAGCUGCGCGUCGGCCGCAAGGCGCACCAGGAGGGCAAGGCGGAGAAGGACAAGGGCGGCCUCAACAUCUCGUCGCUGCUGCCCAUCAAGAAGAUCCUCGCCGAGGCGCUCGCCAACGUGGUCACGGAGCCCCGGCGCAAGUGCAUCGCGUUCGAGCUGAACUCGCUCGACCGGCGCGCGGUGCAGGGGACCGCGGGCGUGCGCGUCAUCCGCGGCAUCAACCUCCCGCGCCGGCCGCUCGUCGUGGCCUUCAUGGCCGAGAAGAUGACGCGGUACACCAAGCAGGCCGUGUCCGGGCCGAACCCGGAGAUCAACGAGACCUUCAUGAUGACGGUCAACGACGACACGUGGUUCUACGAGCUCGAAGUGCGCGAGACCUCCCAGAAGGGACCCAUGUACGGCCGCUGCCGCGUCAACCUCAAGUACCUGGGCGACGGGUCGACGGCGUUCUGGGGCAACGCCGAGAACUUCACGCCGAUCUGCAAGCGCUGCUCGCCCUUCGAGUCGUGGCGCGUGAAGCUGCCGCUGGAGUGCAUGGACGGCUCCUACCUGGAGGUGGAGAUGUUCCAGCGCGAGUGGCUGUUUGCCCAGCCCAAGCGCCCGCCGGUGGUCACCUACCAGAGCGUGGGCCCGCGCACCGUCGUGCUCAACGUCGUCGAGGCGCGCAACCUCGGCAACCCCAAGGACUCCACCACGCUCGACCCCUACGUCAAGAUCAGCUACGGUUCCGAGUCGUGGCUGACGAACGUGGUGGAGAACACGUCCCUCCCGGUGUGGAACCAGACGUUCGAGAUCCCCGAGUCCACCAACGGCGCCCUGCGCACCAUCCGGCUGACUCUCAGGGACCGCGAGUUCGGUCUGUCGACGGACGACGCGCUGGGCACGGCUCAGAUCAACCUGGACGCGCUGGUGGAGGGCGAGAUCAACGACAUGUGGCUCGAACUGGAGGGGUGCGACCAGGGCGCCGUCCACAUCGUCGCGGAGAUCCGCCCCGGCGUGCCGCAGCACAUCAAGAGUCGCGGCCUGGGCGACGGCCUGCUGUCCCGGAGCGAGCUGGAGGUUCUCGAGGUGACGGUCAUCGAGGGGCGCAACCUGGACGCCUCCGACGCGAACGGCCUGUCCGACCCGUACCUCGUCGCGGUGUACGCCGGCCAGCGCCAGAAGAGCGCGUACCAGCCCGCCACGCUCAACCCCAAGUGGGGCCACACCUUCUCCUUCCCCUACGUGGAGGGCAAGCUGCUGCAGAUCGACGUGUGGGACUGGGACAAGUUGUCGCAGCACGACUUCCUGGGCAACAUCGUGAUCAACCCGGGACAGCUGCCCGCGGGACGCACGUUCGAACAGUGGCUCGCGCUCGACGGCACCCCCACCGGCGAAGUGCGCGUCAGGAUCCGCCGCCACAACCCCUCCCCGCUGGUCAACCGCUACCAGGGCUACACCAGCACGCGGCGCCUGGACGCGUUCGGGAAGGAGCUGGACCCCAACUCGCACCUCAAGACGGAGGGCAAGGAGGGCGACGAGUACGUCAUCCCGCUGCCGCGCCCCCUGGACAAGCGCCCGAAGAAGCUCCAGGACAAGGUCUGGCACGAGUCGGAGGCCGCGGAGGCAGAGCCGAAGGCGUCGCCGGCAGUGGCGAGUGCCAACGGCGGCGCGCCCGCUGGGUCGUCCAAGGGCCCCGAGCCCACGAAGCUGAAGGAGACCAUCCAGGAGCAGAGGGACGAGCUGGCCACGAUCACCGCCGAGCGCGACAUGCUGCUGCAGAAGCUGCAGCAGCUCGGACACGCGGUGGAGAACUCGCUGGGCAUCGUCGCCUCGCCGUAG